GCCCCCUCCUUGCCCUGCGCUCUCGCCUCUCUUGCUGGCUCCGCGUUUGGAGGAGGAGGAGGAGGAGGAGGAAGGAAGGCAGGCAGGAGGGAAGGCGCCCAGGGGUCUUUCUCUCGGGGCAAGGCAGGAGGUGGAGAGGGGACGCGGCGAGGAGGAGGAGGAGGAGGGCGGCUGCCUGCCUGAGCCCGCCACCCAUCAGGAUGUCGGACACGGAGGCAAAGCCUUCAACGGAGGACUUGGGUGACAAGAAAGAGGGAGAAUACAUUAAACUCAAAGUAAUUGGGCAGGACAGCAGUGAGAUCCACUUCAAAGUGAAAAUGACAACGCAUCUAAAAAAACUUAAAGAAUCAUACUGUCAGAGACAGGGAGUCCCAAUGAAUUCACUCAGGUUCCUCUUUGAGGGUCAGAGAAUUACUGAUAAUCAUACUCCAAAAGAGCUUGGAAUGGAAGAGGAAGAUGUGAUUGAAGUUUAUCAGGAACAGACAGGAGGCCAUUCAGCAAUUUAGAGUGUUUGCUUCUCUUUCCCCUCCCUCCUUCCCCUUUAUCCUUUUUUAUUUUUAAAUAAUAGUUUUUGUAAUGUGGUAUAUAACACUGAAUUGAAAUCAGCAACCCGCUCCCAUAUCUGGGGUAUUAUUUCCAAAUGUCUGUUCCGAAUUCUUGUUCUCAUUACACAUUUAUCAUUUGUUUUCAUUGUGCCGAAUUCUUGUGAUCCCGCCGUGUUGGUAUUUCCCUAUUUUUUCCUGUUUUCCUUUUUACAAACACACUCUUCCACACACAAAUUUGUGUGAUGACAAGGCUCCUGUGUUCAAGUUCGUGAACAGAUUUGCCAGAUGGGCAAAGGUUUCUAAUAACUUCCAUAUUGGUCUUCAAGUUUUGGUGUAUGGCUUCCUCUUGUGGAUUUUAAGAUACGGAGGAGAUGAAGCUUUUCUGAAAUCUGAACAGAAGUUCAACAUCUUGAAAUUAUGUACUGUUUUCUGUAGCUUAAGUAUCCAAGUACUGAUGGGGGAAAACAUAUUUUUUCUGGUAAUAUAUUUGAAACGGCUUUAACUGAAGAUAUGGAGAAUUCGCCUCCUAUUUACUGUCAGAAUAGCCCAGGAAAACCCUAAUUUUUAGUAUCUAAUAAUAACUUCCUGCAUCAAGAGGUAAUUAUGAUUUUUUACGUUGUUGUAUCUUUUGACUUGGAAUGUGGUUUGGAAUGAGCAUAGACUGUACCAACUUUCCUUUAAAUAAAUGAAAGGAAACCAAUUUGCAAACCUCUGCAUUUUCUUUUGAGAUGUCCGGACCUGUGAGACUAUUUGGCAAAAAGCAGUGAAGGCUAUUUAAGGGACUUAUGGUUUCACACAUAGGCCACUCUUUUGGAAUCUUAUGCUAUUAAGAAGUUCAAAUUGGAUUCAUUUUUUGAGCCAGCAUCCUUUUUGCUGCGUGCGCUCAAAUAUUAAAUAGCACCGUAUUUUUUCAGUUGUGUUUUGCAUUUGCACCGCGAGGCUCAAUAUAAAAGAAAAUUAAGUUAUAAGACUUGAGGAGGAAAAAAAGACAAACAUUUGUCUCGUAAUAUUUUCUCUAGAUGUGAUAGCUGAUAGGACCCACCAAAGUCGUCUUUUCAGAAGUUAGUUCAAGAAAGUGUCAUUGACAUUGAUGGGACUGAAAUUAGUCAUGACGUACAUGAUCCAACCUUUUACAUACAGCUUAAGCAUAACCUCUUCUUUGUUGAGAUCCAAGUACUGCCUUGGAAACCCUAAAUAAUCCUGGACCCGGGUCUGUUCAGAUUACCUCUUCUAUGGAAAUGAAAAUAAAUCUUGUGCGUCAAGGUGCUUAUUCGAAAGGGCAGAGACAGUUGAGCAAGCACUGAUCCAAGGUCAAUGUACUCAUCCUUUGAAGUUUAAAGUAUUGCCACUUGACUUCAGGAGGGUCUGGAUUUUGGACCUUAAACCCGAUCCCAUCUCUAUGUACGUAAGUCUACCCCCUUUCCACAGAGGUCAUGUCUAUGUAAGUGUUCUUAGAGUGUAGAUAGCUCUCUGCGAAUUUACCAAGCUGAUGCAAAAUACAACAAAGGGUCAGAACAACUUUCUGAAACGCCAGCUUUCACUGGUUUUGUGGAGUUUAUUCUGUGAUGUAGUAUUUUGAAAUGAGGACUCCUCCCUUUUGAAUGAAAAGCUUCCUGAUCAGUGUCUAGUUCAGCAUUGUUCAUCUUCCCACCUAUUUUAGUAAUUUGCAGAACGGUGUCAUAGAAAGCCUGUCAUGCUAGAAGGGAUUUUUAGCUCAGGUUUGUAGUAUGGUAAAUGGCAGGAUUAGAAACACGAUGCUCUACCUCUGCCUUUUUUUUUCCUUGCAAGGGGAGUGGGAAAAGAACAGAAAUUGAGAAUGCAAUGUUACUAAGCAUGUUUUCAAAACCGGUUAAUUGUAAGUUAAACCUUUUAUUUCAAGUUGGCACUUACUGUAAAGUGUUAAAUGGAUUUUUUCCAACGCUUGUAGUUUCCAUAUCCCACUUCUGAUGCCUUUUUGUACACAUGUUAACCUUUUUUUAAAAAUUAAAAUCUGUUUUCAAAAAUCAA